AUGAUAGGGUCAACCAGGUGGAGGUGUCGGCAAACCAGAUGGGUGCAACGGGUCCUUCCAAUAUGCCCAUUGCAGAAAUCGCAAAAGCUACUGCUGACAGGUCCUAAGGCUGUAAUCCAGCCUCUGAGCCAAGAGUGGCCCAAGUACAUUAUCUUCUGGGAGCUGCUUAAGGACCUGCUUUCAUUCCAAGCACUGGACAAGCUGUUCGGUGUCUUCGUUGGUGGUGAUGAUGAGGCAAGCGAAGAUGCCAACAUGGGCGACGAGAAAGAUGACAAGGAAGAUGAUGUGAAAGAUGGCAAGCAUGGUAUGUGGGUUGCACAGGAGUCGGCAGACUACAACGGGUCCCUGCACUGUUCAUCAGUCCAGACCUGCCUUGAAAUCCCCAACCCUACAGCAAACCUUUGCACGGGUCUGCACCAUUACUUUGUCAAGGCUUUCGCUUUCGACAUUAUGGGUUACGACAUUCUGUUGAUCGUGGAGGAGGACAACAUCAUACACCCUCAGGCGCUGCAGCUGCUGCGGCGGAUGGCACAACUAUCCGUCUUUGAGCCAGAAAUCGGUAUUGUAAGCCUUCUUGACAUGGACCUGUCGCCGUUCCUAGAUGCCGAGCGCUUUGCCGCGGGCCUUAUCCCCGUGGUCGGCCAUAUGGGUCAUUUGUGGGUGUUUGGCCUGCACCGCGUCAAGUAUGAGCUCGCGCGUGGCUGCCUUCGGGACUAUUACGACGUGAUUAAGGGUCAUGAGUACCGCGCGAAGCACUUGCCUCCCUUACGCGAGGCGAUCCAGGCACUGAUGCAGGCAAAGGGCUUCCCGCCGACAACAGCGCUGUCGCAGCACAGCUUGGCCCAGACGGAGGUCAACAAAAGCGUUAUAGCAGCCCUCAAGCAGUUUUGGGAAACUAUGGAAAAUUCUAUGAAGCUGACUGACACUUGA